AUGGACAACUUAAGCUUUGAAAGUGACAAUACCGCUGAGAGGCUAGAGCCGAAGCUCUCGAAAGUAGUAGGGAUAUUCUUAGCUCAAUUCGAUAUCAAGUCUGGUUACAAGCUUGUAUGGUCAAAAUCAACUCAAGAUAAUUUAAACUUUAAUUCCUUAGAUUAUAAAGUCCUACCUUCUGGAAUACAUGAUACAGCCUCCAGCACCAUACUUAUAUCUCAUCGACAGAAUGGUAAGUUAUAUCAUGGUAUUGCAAGGUUUCAACAACGAGUUCUUGGGGGUAAUAAUGAAGCUAACGAAUUAAAUGAAGCCAACGAACAGCUAAAUCGUGACAAUAUCAAAAUGUAUUCAUUGGGUAUAAUAUGCGAGCCUCACCAAAUGUCAUGGAAGCCUAAUGAAUAUAUUCAAAACGGAUGGGAAUAUAUCGACAUUCUUGAUUCAAAUCUUACUAAGUUUUUGAAUGACGCAAGAUUUGAUGAUAUUUCUAUCUUCGAAGAUAUGUUUGACAAAUUGACAAGUUCGCUUUUUCCCAGUAGCCCCGCUGCAAUAGAGAAUCAUUUGUUGAAUAAAAUGUACGAUCUAUUUGAUAUUUUAGGACCCCUAGUAUUCGUGAUUUACAAGGAAUGCAUACUAAGGAAAAAGAUCGUAUUCUUCAACAACACAGCUUCUAAUGUUGACUGCUAUACAGUUGGAGCAUUCACUUAUUUGCUAUCUUUACUUUCAAUGGUACCCAAAGAUGUAGAAAAGGUAGUCAAGUGCGAGGAUUUUAAGGUCUCCUCCGAACCUGUCUACAACAUAGGAUUAAAAGAUAUGAAUUCUGAGCUUCUUCAAUCUAGUAAUUGGAUUGGAUCUACAAGUGAUGACAUCUUGAUGUACCAUAAGGACCUUUUCGAUGUGGCGGUAUUUUUGCCAUCAAACGUUAUUGAGAACACUAUAAUAUUGAAUUCAUUCGAUAUUGGAACAAUCUCUUUGGACUUUAAUAAGCGAAUCAAAUCUACCUUGAAGGACUACCAAAAAUUUAAAAUAAUAUAUAGAAGUUUGGGUUCCGUUUGUGAUUCCAGAAGGAGGAAUUCGUCAGCAGACGAUAUUGCCUCGAUAAAGACUUCCAAUUCACUCCUUUCGUUUUUUAAAACGCAAGAUCAAAUAUCCGACUUGGAACCCGCGUGGUGGCUCAAAUCGGCCACUUCUCCUAUAUCAUGGAGAGAAUAUAUUUGGUCAGCCUUCUCAUGGUUUGCAAGUGCUGGCCAAGUGUCAGAUAAUAAUAAAAUUCAGAAUGAAGAAUCACAACCGUCACUGAGUGGUAACUCAUCGAAUCGAUUUAAACUACAUCAAAUUAUAGGUAUUGUUGGAAGUUUCCAUAAACUUACUAGAAAGUGGUUCUAUUUGAUAAAUGAAAUUAUCACUGAGAAGCUUGAUGAGCAGUCAUCAGAUAGCAAUACUCAUGAAGACUUCAGUGAUACUGAAUCCUUACUUCUGCGUUCAUUGGAAUCCAAUAAAAUUAGUAUCGAAUUGACAUAUCAAGAUAUAAUUGAUAUGGAGCUCGAUCCUUAUUCUGAGCAAGACCUACAGUUUGCCAAAGACUUUGUGAAGUUAUAUUGGGAUUCAGUUGUUGACUCUGUGAACAUCGGCCUUGGUAUUGAAUCAAUCUGCUGUUAA